CGGCCGCUUCCGUCGUGCGGGCGCUCCGAGAUGGCGGCGCUGGCGUUGAGGUCUGCAUCUCGGCGGUGCCUGCUGGCACGGCUCAGCCCAAGCCUCUCCGUGCCACAGGUGGUGCCCAUGGGCACCACGGCCAAGGAGGAGAUGGCUCAGUUCUGGCAGAGGAACAGCAGCUCCCGCAGGCCUCUGUCCCCCCACGUCACCAUCUACAAGUGGUCCCUGCCCAUGGCGAUGUCCAUCAGCCACCGUGGCACCGGCGUGGCACUCAGCCUGGGGGUGUCGCUGUUCGGGCUGGGGGCGCUGCUGCUGCCCGAGCAGUUCCCGCACUACCUGGCGCUGCUCAAGUCCCUCAGCCUGGGCCCUGCCCUCGUCUGCUCUGCCAAGUUCGCCUUGGCCUUCCCCUUCACCUACCACACCUGGAAUGGCAUCAGGCACCUGGCCUGGGACCUGGGCAAGGGCUUCAAGAUCCCCCAGGUGAACCAGUCUGGGGUGCUGGUGCUGGUCCUCACCCUGCUGUCCUCUGCCGGCCUGGCUGCCCUCUGAAGGUGCCCUCCUGCCUGGCAGCCUCCUGUGCCCUGGAAGAUCUGCUCCAUCCUGGCCCACCUGGAGGCAGCCACAGAGCUCCUGGCACCUUCCCCUGC